UCCCUAAGACCAUCGCUCUUCUCCUUCUCCUUCUCCUUCUCCUUCUCCUUCUCCUUCGCACAAUCUCCGUUUUUUUGUUCGAUCUUCGUUCUCAUGUCGAGUCUGGAGGAUUUCCAUUUUUAAUAUGGCGAAAGCUUCGCCGAUCCAUAGAUAGGGAAAAAAUGGAGAAGAAUGCUCGUUUCGCAGUUCAUGCAGAUUCUUCUUUUGCUCUUCGGGGUUUUCUCAGUGAUACUUCAGGAUACCGAAAGAUGGAGAAUCUUCACCAAAAGCUACCUGAUCGCUGCCAAAGUUUAUCAAAGUUCCACCAUGGCUCUAGUUUUAUGGUGGAGCCUCAGCCAACUAUCUCUACCUAUGGACGACGAUCUAUACAUGUGACUCGCACCUUAUCUGAAGCCACAAGAGGGGUUGCGUCGAACCGUCCCUUGUCCCCUCAUCUCCCAGUCAAGAAGCCCCAGCUGCGUGCCACAUUUUCAAUAUCCCACAGGAUAUUUGGAGCUUCUCUGACAUCAGCUAUUUUGUUGAUCCCGAUAGCAUGGAAGUUCAGUCUUCUACUUGACGUAUAAAACACAAGUUGUCGUAACUUUUGCUGUCGGCACAAGCUCGGUUACCACCUUAGAAACGGUGGAACGUGAACCGGUUUUAUGUCAUGUUUUGACAUUUUGUUUGAAUAAUUCCCCAAAUAAAGGACCAGCCGAGGAGUAAGUUCUGACUGCAUCUAUCAUUCCUUUUGGAGUCUAUGAUUUACUUAUUUUUCUUCCAGACGUUGCAGUGUCCAUAGACUGUUUUUUCUGAUGACAUUCCACUUAACCUCUGUUUGUAGAAAAGGCUGGAGGCUUUCAGACUAAUUCUUAUGCUUAAACUGUUAACAGUUGAUUGCACUUCUCUUUAA